GGCUCAAAGUCCCAGCAGCGGGUCGACUCUACCGGCCCUGCUGUGGGAAACCAGGAAGCUGCAGCCAUGUGGCUGGCGAUAAUGAAGUUCUUGGCGCUGCAGACCCUGGUUUGGGGCGCCAAGAUCCGACGUGGAAAGGUCCCGGGCUACCUGCAAAUUAAGCUCAAGGCAGAGUCCUUCGUGGACCCAUUGACCACCGUCGGUGAGUUCGGUGGCGCCAAGCUCUUCGACUCUGGUGGCGAGUGCAUCAGCUGCAAGUCGCCCAUGAUGUGGUCGUUGGAAGCCACGCCAAGCAAGAAGGGCACUGUGAAUUCCAAUGUGGUUCCAGGGCAGAACAUCAGCUUCCCGGUGAAUGAGAACUCAGCCUAUGAUGUCAUGCUUGAUAUCCCGCUGAGUGCCUUGGAGGCAAAGGUGGACUUUAGCCUGCAGAUUCUCUCCUCCGUCGCAGCGUCAGGCACAAAUAGCCCGGAGGAGCAGGGGCGGCAGGUGAAGAGUUGGUCCGUGUCCCUGUUGCUUCAUUCGACGCAGCAGAAGGCAUUUGUCAAAACCGGGGUCACUCUGAGCGGCGACUUCAGCCAUGCGCUGAUGGGCGAAAGCGACGCAGGGCUGCCGGAGGGCUCCAAGGAGUUGCAUGUUCCGUCCUGCCUCCGGCCUGACACUUCGAACUACACUGUGACGGAGCUGAGCAUCACAAUGAAGCGCUUCGCCGUCACGGUGGCCUGUGCUGCCGGCUACAAAGGCCAAGGCUCUGCCAACAUUUGCCUCAAAGCAGGAGAGGCGUACUCGCUGGCCGGGUGCAUCUCCGAAGCUUGCGCAGCGCCCUCCGACGUCACUGGCUACAAGGUGAACCAGGCGAGCGCCGAGAUCACCAGCUUCAGCGUCCACGCAGAGUGCGAGGAGGGCUAUGCUGGGACGGCGCUGGUCUCGAAGUGCUCCAAAGAUGGAGAAGCCUAUGGCCUGAGCGGCUGUGUCUAUGUGCCGACCACCACCACCACCAGCACUACAACGACCACGGUGACCACCACAAGUACCACCACAGAAACAACCACAGUGACGUCAACGACAACUAAAACCACAACGACCACCAGCACUUCAACCAAGACAUCGACAACAACGAGCACCUCGACCACCACCACCUCAACCACAACGAAGACCUCCACCAUCACAUCAACGACCACUUCCACCACGACCACCAGCACUACCACUGCAACCACGACGACCACAACCUCCACGAUCACCUCGACUUCCACCACGACAACCUCAACGAGCACAGUGACUUCAACCACAACCACCGUUACAGUGACAACUACCACGACGACCACGUCGACACACACCUCGACAACCACCACUUCGACAAUCACAUCGACGACUACGACGACGACAAAGACCAGCACGACCACUGUAACUACUACAACUACAACUGUGACGUCAACCACCACAGUCACGUCAACCACAGUUACAGAGACCCAAACCAGCACGACCACCACAACAUCUACGACAACAGUCACCUCCACGAGCACAACGACCACAAGCACCAGUACUGUUACCACCACGACAACGACCACCACAACUUCUACCAUUACCAGCACCACAACCUCCACCAUUACAGAAACCAGCACAAGUACCACUACGACCAGCACUACCACCGUGACGACCACCACCACCACCUCAACACAGACGACCACUUCGACCACCACGACCAGCACCUCCACAACAACGACCUCAACUUCAACCACCACCAAGACCACCACCACCGUGACUAGCACUGUGACUUCAACCACAACCACAACAACUGAGACCUCCACAACAACUGCUACCACCACCAGUACUGUCACCAGUACCACCACCAGCACCGAGACCAUGACAUCCACGACUACCACAGUGUCCACCACAACCCUCACGGCCACCAGCACGAGCACGGUCACCAGCACCACAACCACGACAGAGACGAAAACGAGCACCAGCACCAGCACUAGUACAGUGACGUCGACGAGCACCAUAACAGAGACUGAGACCAGCACCAGUACCAAGACUUCGACGUCCACAACUACUGCAACCACCACCACAGUGACAAGCACGACCACCACCACGCAGACAUCCACGGUGACCAGCACCUCAACUGAAACAUCCACAGCCACAAAGACCUCGACAAGCACAUCCACCACUACCACCACGACAGAAACAACCACCAGCACAACCACUACCUCAACCUCCACAAGCACAGAGACAACCACUAGCACAACGACCACAAGCACUUCAACAAGCACCACACAAACAUCAACCAGCACAAAGACGACGACCACGGAAACCACUACAAGCACCACAACAACAUCAACCUCAACACUCACCACCACUGCUACCAGCACCACCACUACUUCUACAAGCACAUCCACCACCACAACAUCCACAUCGACAACCACUGCUACAACCACAACGUCCACCUCAACCAUUACUUCCACCACCACGACAUCUACAUCUACUGUCACUACAACAACAACCACUACUAGCACAAGCACCGUGACCUCAACAAGCACCACCACCACAUCAACCUCCACCAGCACAAGCACAGUAACGACAUUCCAGUCGACCACUACUACUACCAGCACAAGCACUCAGACUGAGACAUCGACGACGACAUUGACUAAGACAGAGACCAGCACGACCACAUCAACUGUGACAUCAACCACUGUUACGUCCACCACAACGACCACCUCAACCAGCACGGAGACCAGCACAACGACUUCCACCACGACCCUUACAGAGACUUCCACGACGACCAGCACAUCCACCAGCUCCACCACUUCCACGAGUACUUCCACAGAAACGAGUACAACCACAACCAGCACCAGCACAUCUACCACCACCUCGACUGAGACUUCCACCACAGUGACGAGCACUAUAACCUCCACAACGACAGAAACCAAGACAUCGACCACAACAACCUCCACCAGCACCUCCACCGUGACAAGCACAAAGACCACUACUACAACGAGCACGGAGACCUCCACCAGCACAUCAACCAGCACUUCGACCAGCACAACCACCACUUCCACAUCCACUACGACCACUAGCACCUCGACGGUGACCUCAACCACCACCACAUCCACUAGCACAGUGACCACAACGGUCACCACAACCACCAGCACAUCCACAUCCACUACUAUCACCAGUACGACCACCACCACCACUCAGGUCUUUUGCGUGGCACCCGACGAUAGCACCGGAUAUUUGAUCACCGAGAAUGAUUUGCGACACGGCACCUUUGACGUCCAGGUCUCCUGUGCCCCUGGUUUCACCGGCAUUGCCACCGCCACUGCAUGCUCGGGCAAUCAGGCACAGACAAUCUACAGCGUCUCCGGUUGCACUCCCGUGCCUGACAACUACAUUUGCAUCGCGCCAGAGGUGACGAAGGGAUAUUUGCUGACGGAAACCAACCUGCAGCUGAACAAUUUCCAGGUCCAGGUGAAAUGUGCCCCUGGAUAUAGCGGUCUCUCGACAUCAGUGGGUGUAGAUAAAAGGUUUGAUGAGGGGGCUCAGACCCAGGCAAAUGCUUAUUUUGGAGAAUUGCAAGUUCGUUGGAGUCAGGACUGCCGUUUGUUGUAGGAAAUUGAAGAGGUCAUACAAUUGUGUAGCAUUUUUUGAUGUUUUCUGUCAAUGGUUUUUUUGUGUGCAAGAUUGUGGUACGCGGCUCGGCCCAUUUAAUAAGGGAUUUGCUUGGCCAAGGAAACGCAAAAGUGGGAGCUUGCAGCGGUGACAAGACCACUUCGAUCUACAAGCUCACCGGAUGCACCUCUUGAUAAUAGACCUCCGAUGAACAAUUGGAGCCUGACA